AUGGCACUUCCCCCAGCUGAGAAGAAGGAGCCCAUGGAGGCGCAGAUUAAGUCUGUGGAUAUGACCGAGGAUAUGCAACAGGAGGCUAUUGCCCUUGCCAUUGAAGCGAUGGAGAAGUUCAGAGACAUCGCCCAGUAUAUCAAAAAAGAGUUCGACUCGCGCAAGGGCGCUUCCUGGCACUGCGUGGUUGGCCGUAACUUUGGAAGCUUUGUCACCCAUGAGACCAAGCACUUCAUCUACUUCUACCUCGGCCACUGCGCAAUUCUGCUCUUCAAGACCCAAACCAGAGUGGACCCUGUCCCUGAAGUCAUAUCGACGGAGUUCUCAUCUCAGCUCGAGGGAUAUGAGCAUGUUCGCGCAUACUGUUACAACUGCCAACAUUGGAAUGGUCACUGUAUCACCCGAUGGCCGUUUUUCACAGUCUGCUUCAUUCCAUUGAUUCCCCUUGCUAUGCACAAGUACAAGGAGGUCCAAUGUUACACAUGCCGUUUCACCCAAGACCUACGUGACCGGCCUGAUAUCACGCCUGACACACGACCUCCGGCAGGCAUGCAAUAUGGCAUCCAGCCCCCUCCCGGGGCCCAGGGAGGUUGGCAGCAGCAGCCCCCUCUGCAGCCUCCGCCUCAAGCGCAGGGUGGGCUUGGAUACAAAUGA